CACAAGUAAAUACGUUUAGCCUAACCACAAAAGUAUAUAUUAGUACAAUUUAAAUAUGACUUAACUUUUGAAAUAGAUUCCUAAUCCAAAUUAGGAAAUAUGUAUAUGUUUAAAAAUUCCUAACUUUAUUCAGCAGCAGCAGCCUCCACGGUGAUAACCUCAAGGGGAGGACUGACCUUAGCAUUUGGAUCUGCCGGAAGAUCAUUUGAGUGGCUGGAAGAUGGGUCCUAAUGGGAUUAACAGUAGUGUCAAUCACUUUAUCUUUACCCUUUUGUGAUAUUUGCUUAAUCACCCAUUUGUUUUUGGGGCUCUUGCUUGUCCUGAGUUAUUGGGGGAUUGUUAAGGGCCUUGGUACAAGAUCUCGUCCAAGACCGGAGAGGAUUGAGAGAGGAAUGUGAAGCUAUGGUGUCUGGAAUAACAAACACAAACUUCCUGCCAUGGGCAAGGAAGGUGAUCACUGGUUCCACCAAAAGAUCAAAAGAUUAAAUAUUCCAAAUCUAAUCUCAUUAAUCCAACUGAUAAGCCUUAAAUAGGAAAAAGACAAGUUUCCUAUAACAAUAAUAGGAAAGAAGCAAUAAAGAGGUUUCUAAACAAGUAUAAGGAAACCUUAAUAAAUAAACUCAAAGUAGGGAACUGAUUUUAUUAAUUAAAAUAGACUCAAAAUAGGAAACUGAUUUAAUUAAUUAAAAUAAUUAGGAUCUCUCAAUCUGGUCCCUUCUUUGACCGCCUCUGGUAGACUCUGCCAAAUCAACCCAUAUCAGGAUCUUGAUUGCCUUCAUACUAAGUAGCACGGAAACGGGAAACGGGAAACAUGAAACGGGAAAUGGGAAACACGAGAAACAUAAUUUCUAAAAAAUAUAGGACACGAAACGUGGGGGAAACGCGUAAAUAUUAUAAAAUAUAAGGAUAUAUUUAUAAAUAUUUUUUAAUAUAUGUACACAAGUUUUUUCAUAUGCACAUGUUUUUUAAUAUAAUUUGUUUAGUAACCAAAUAAUAAAAUCACUCUACAUGUUCGAAUUUAGAUAUUAUUUCAUAUUAGUACAUAAAUAAACAUAAAAUGUACGGAGUAAUACAUUUCUAGCAAUACAUUGCGUUACGAAAUGUAACAAGUGUUGCCGCUGAGAAAUACCACAAAAUUCACUAUAAAAAAUUAUUUUCCACCACAUAAUCUUUUGAAAAAGAAAAAAAAUUGGAAUCCGAGGUUUCCGAAACGUAGUGAAACGGGUUCCCAAAUUUUUCUUAAUUACGGAAACGGCCCCGAAAUGGGAAUUUGAAGUUUCCGAGUUUCCGAAACGCUUAUGAGUUUCCGAAACGUGGAAACGUGAGCCAUGGAGAAUUUCCGUGCUUCCUAGCCUUCAUAUAUUUUGAAGGCACAUUGAUCCUGGUUCUAGAGUAAUGACACAAUGUCACCCUCCCAUGUGAUCAAGGGUAUGGAAAAAGAAAUGUUCGUGUUGUAAUUUGAUCACUCUACUAAAUUUAUAAGAAUGAAAUAGGCAUCCUGAAUACAAGCUUUAUUCCAACCCCUACCCACGACUAAGGAUGGACCAUACCCGGGUUGACCGGCCCAGCCCGGUACUGUAUAGUAUCGACUCGACCCGCGAACCGAGAUCUGGACCGGGUCAACCGGCUCGAUGAGGGGGUUUUCAGGGCGGGCUCCGGGUGCAGGAAAAUGGGGACCGGUGCCCCCCCUGGUUUGGGCCUAUGGUAGGCGGGCUGGGUGUUAUGGCGGGGUUUGGGGGUGGAGGGUUGGAAUAAAUAAGAAAAACAAAAAAAUCCAAGAAUCAGCCCGACCCGGUCCCGGUAGAAUCCCGGGCAGGUACCAGGCCUAACCCUAACAGAUUUUGUCCUGGUUUGGACCGGCCCGGGCCGGUACCGCCGUACCGGUCCAUGCCUACCCAUGACAGAGCUAGCUAUUGUCCGGGUCCGGUUCCGGGUUGGCCCGGCUGGGUCUAAAUUUUUUGGGGUGAAGCCUAGAACCAGCCCGGGAUACUAUCGGGACUAGACCGGCCCGGUCUACCCGCUCUGGUAUCAGGUCGGGUCGGGUUCGGGUAUUUUUUUUAAUUCUUGUUUAUAAAUUAAUUUAAGAAUAGCUACAUAUAAAAAACUUAAAUGUUGAGUUUAAUCCAACACGAUAUAGUAAAUAUAUGUAUGAACACUCAGUUUUUACGUGGAAACCCGAAAGGGAGAAAACCACGGGACUUUUUAGGCUAAUGUCCAAGCCCUCUCAUUCUCAUUAGGACUCUCCUCACCAUUACAUAGUACAUUUUGAACUCCCAUCAAUGGAGUAUUUGAGCUAUUCUAAAGGAAGAAGGAAGAAGGAAGGGAUCCUUUACAUGGAGGCUAAGCUCCGUAUUUAUAGAGAAUAGGGGAAGGGGAUGCUCUCCACCCUAAUGGGCCGCAUGGGCCGGAGUGGGCCCAAAUGGCUAAAGUGGGCCGGAUGGGCCGAAAUGGGCCUAGCUGCUCGGGCUCCGUACUACGUAAAGCCUUGGACUCCUGAACAGUAAUAGGCCGGGAUAAUAUAUCCCAACACAAGUCCCCCAGUUUCUUGAGUAGUGAGCUCGCGAAUCUGCUCGAGAAAAUAUACUCUGCCUGCGCUCUUCCUCUGUCUUGCUGGAAACUGUGUCUUCACAUAAUCAUAAUAUAUGAGUGAGUGUCUGCACUCCUGAACGUAAUCUGCCGGUGAGGCACCCCCCUUCUCAACAGGGUCGGGCGAAGGGUGCUCCUCCACGGGAACACUCCCCCUGAAUGCGUCAGGCGGGAGUAAGGACUCUGACUCGAGCUUUCCAAUCGGAGAAGCUUAGAGGUCCAUGCAUCUAUAAACCGACGUCGCGGUACUAUCAAAACACGAUGCACGUGUGUAUGUAUGAAUGUAUGAGGUAUGAUGCAUGAAUGUAUGUAUGCAUGUAAUGUAUGUAUGUAAUGUAUGAGAGAGGGAAUGCAAGAUGUGAUAGAAGCAGUAGCCCUCAUCGAUAACCCGGGCAUGUCAGCGCCGAGAAGCAGACGUGCUGCGUAAGACGGGUCCCCCAUCCGAGGUGGCAUGGGCGGAGCCGAAGGUGGACUAGACAUGAUGCCUCCGAGGGGCCAAUCAUGCUGCAUACGACGGGUCCCCCAUCCGAGCUGGCAUGGGCGGAGCCGGAGGUGAACUAGACAUGAUGCCGCCGAGGGGCCAAUCGAGCUGUAUAAGAGAUGUUCGUCGCCAUCCUGGAAGGGAUGGGCGAGCCGAACACGAGCCAGACACGAUGGCGCUGGGGCGCUGAUCGUGCUGCAUAUGAGACGUUCGUCGCCAUCCUGGAGGGGAUGCGUGAUCCGAAUGUGAAAGAGACACGAUGGCGCUGAGGGGCCGAUCGUGCUGCAUAAGACGGUCGUCGCCAUCCUGGAAGAGAUACGCGAUCCGAACGUGAAGGAGACACGAUGGCGCUGAGGGGCCGAUCGUGCUGCAUAAGACGGUCGUCGCCAUCCUGGAGGGAAUGUGCGAGCCGAACCGUGAAGCCAGGUACGAUGGCGCUGGGGGGCCGAUCGCACUGCAUGAGACGUUCGUCGCCAUCCUGGAAGGGAUGCGCGAUCCGAACGUGAAAGAGACACGAUGGCGCUGAGGGGCCGAUCGUGAUGCAUAAGACGUUCGUCGCCAUCCUAGAGGGAAUGGACGAGCUGAACGUGAGCUGGGUACGAUGGCGCUGAGGGGCCGAUCGUACUGCAUAAGACGGUCGUCGCCAUCCUGGAGGGAAUGGGCGAUCCGAACCGUGAAUCAGGACACGAUGGCGCUGAGGGGCCGAUCGUGAUGCAUAAGACGUUCGUCGCCAUCCUGGAGGGAAUGGGCGAGCCGAACCGUGAGUCUGGACACGAUGGCGCUGAGGGGGCCGAUCGUGAUGCAUAAGACGUUCGUCGCCAUCCUGGAGGGAAUGGGCGAGCCGAACCGUGAGUCUGGACACGAUGGCGCUGAGGGGCCGAUCGUGAUGCAUAACACGUCCGUCGCCACCCUGGAAGGGAAUGGACGAGCUGAACGUGAGCUGGGUACGAUGGCGCUGAGGGGCCGAUCGUACUGCAUAAGACGGUCGUCGCCAUCCUGGAGGGAAUGGGCGAGCCGAACCGCGAAUCUGGACACGAUGGCGCUGAGGGGCCGAUCGUGAUGCAUAAGAGAUGUUCGUCGCCAUCCUGGAAGGGAUGGGCGAGCCGAACACGAGCCAGACACGAUGGCGCUGGGGCGCUGAUCGUGCUGCAUAUGAGACGUUCGUCGCCAUCCUGGAGGGGAUGCGUGAUCCGAAUGUGCAAGAGACACGAUGGCGCUGAGGGGCCGAUCGUGCUGCAUAAGACGGUCGUCGCCAUCCUGGAAGAGAUACGCGAUCCGAACGUGAAGGAGACACGAUGGCGCUGAGGGGCCGAUCGUGCUGCGUAAGACGGUCGUCGCCAUCCUAGAGGGAAUGUGCGAGCCGAACCGUGAAGCCAGGUACGAUGGCGCUGAGGGGCCGAUCGCACUGCAUAAGACGUCCGUCGCCACCCUGGAAGGGAUGCACGAUCCGAACGUGAAAGAGACACGAUGGCGCUGAGGGGCCGAUCGUGCUGCAUAAGACGUUCGUCGCCAUCCUGGAAGAGAUGCGCGAUCCGAACGUGAAAGAGACACGAUGGCGCUGAGGGGCCGAUCGUGCUGCAUAAGACGGUCGUCGCCAUUCUGAAGGGAAUGUGCGAGCCGAACCGUGAAGCCAGGUACGAUGGCGCUGGGGGGCCGAUCGCACUGCAUAAGACGUUCGUCGCCAUCCUGGAAGGGAUGCGCGAUCCGAACGUGAAAGAGACACGAUGGCGCUGAGGGGCCGAUCGUGAUGCAUAAGACGUUCGUCGCCAUCCUGGAGGGAAUGGACGAGCUGAACGUGAGCUGGGUACGAUGGCGCUGAGGGGCCGAUCGUACUGCAUAAGACGGUCGUCGCCAUCCUGGAGGGAAUGGGCGAUCCGAACCGUGAAUCAGGACACGAUGGCGCUGAGGGGCCGAUCGUGAUGCAUAAGACGUUCGUCGCCAUCCUGGAGGGAAUGGGCGAGCCGAACCGUGAGUCUGGACACGAUGGCGCUGAGGGGCCGAUCGUGAUGCAUAAGACGUCCGUCGCCACCCUGGAAGGGAAUGGACGAUCCGAACCGUGAAUCAGGACACGAUGGCGCUGAGGGGCCGAUCGUGAUGCAUAAGACGUUCGUCGCCAUCCUGGAGGGAAUGGGCGAGCCGAACCGUGAGUCUGGACACGAUGGCGCUGAGGGGCCGAUCGUGAUGCAUAAGACGUCCGUCGCCACCCUGGAAGGGAAUGGACGAUCCGAACCGUGAAUCAGGACACGAUGGCGCUGAGGGGCCGAUCGUGAUGCAUAAGACGUUCGUCGCCAUCCUGGAGGGAAUGGGCGAGCCGAACCGUGAGUCUGGACACGAUGGCGCUGAGGGGCCGAUCGUGAUACGGAAAAAUAGUGAUGAUCAUCUCAUGGCCCUCGGCCUGUAGUGAGUGGUAAUCGUCUCACGGCCCUCGGCCGUGCUGGUGAUGUGUCAAGUCUCUAUCCUGAUUGGCUGUGAGAAGCCGAUCUUCUGAAAUAAAUCUGGGCGAUGUCCCUCCUAUCUGAUCUGGGAAGCUAGUCUUCGUUCGUCUACCGUAUCCGUGGUCCUAUGUACGGACCGCUAAGCAGUGCACACUCGGCACGCACAGACUCCGGUAAAGAACUGGUCCAUCGUGUCUGAUCCAUGGAGCUGGUCUUCGUUCGUCUACCGUAUCUGUGGUCCUAUGUACGGACCGCUAAGCAGUGUACACUCGGCAGGCACAGACUCCGGUAAAGAACUCGGUCUUUGUUCUUCCCAAGUCUCGUGAGUACUGGUCUCCUGGUUUCGCAGGAGACGUUCGCCAUCCCAACUAUGAGAAGAAACGGGUUUAUCCACGUCGGGAUUCCCUAUUCUUCGUUCGUCCCUGUCGUGGUCCUACUAACCUUCUUACUUCGAAGAAGACGUUCGGUCAUCCAACGAUCGCAAGGAGGAACAGGUUUAUCCACGUCGGGAUUCCCUAUUCUUCGUUCGUCCCUGUCGUGGUCCUACUAACCUUCUUACUCCGAAGAAGACGUUCGGUCAUCCAACGAUCGCAAGGAGGAACAGGUUUAUCCACGUCGGGAUUCCCUAUUCUUCGUUCAUCCCUGUCGUGGUCCUACUAAUCUUCUUACUUCGAAGAAGACGUUCGGUCAUCCAACGAUCGCAAGGAGGAACCGGUUUAUCCACGUCGGGAUUCCCUGCUUCGUCGCCCCGUGCUCGUGGCCCUACUAGCCUUCUGCUCUGGCAGAAGGUGUUCGUCGAACCACGGGUCAUGGGAGGAACUGGUUUAUCUUGCCGAGGUUCCCUUUGGUACGUCUAGCCCCCCCCCCCACGUUCCUACUAGCCUCCGCGUCGGGAGACGUUCGUCAUACGCGGCGAAGGAAGAUCAGGCAUACCUCGUCAAGACUCCCUCUCUCAUAGGAUCUCGUCUCCCCUUCUCCCCAUUUUUUUUUUUUUUUUUUUUUGAGGGAGGAAAAUACGUUCGUCGGUUUCCAAGAAUGGCCACCAGUGAUGUCACACGUAAUGGUGGUGGGAUACCAACAUGAAGCGGAUGACGAGGCGAUGGAAAUGCUGGUCGUCAUGCGAAGGCGAUGGUCUCCCUCCUGGAGGGGAGGGGUGGGCCCGAUCGCUAACUCAAGAAGGUCGGCAUCGGGAGCCGAUAUACAAUGAUCAUAAUGUCGCUGAGCAGUCGGUCCUGAUAAUGGAGAUGGCAAUAGUGUCCGGUCAGGCCGAUAUAUCCGAGCAACGGCUCUCAUCCAACACAGAGCGGGGAUGAAACCGGUCUUCAAAAGAUAAAUACGUCGUGCCGAGAGGCCGAACAUGAUAGUGUCGGCAGUGAGAGGCCGACCUGAAAGAAUCAAACAACGGUCCUCGUCCGCGAGGUGGCGGGGACGAGGCCGGUCUUCAAAUAUGAUAAUCACGUCGGGCCGAGAGGCCGAUCGUGAUAUAUAAUGACAUCGGCAAUAACAGGCCGACCUGAAAUCCAGCAACGGUCCUCACCUGCGCAAUGCGGGGGACGAGGCCGGUCUUCAAAAGAUAGGCACGCCGAGCCGAGAGGCCGGUCGUGAUAUAAUGAUGUCGGCAAUGAGAAGCCGAUCAAGUGUAUCCGUGCAACGGCUCUCACCCGCGCAGCGCGGGGAUGAUACCGGUCUUCAGGUGAUAAACACGCCGUACCGUGAGGUCGGUCGUGAUGUAAGGAUGGUCCCACGACCCUCGGCCGUAGUGGUCUCCUCUAGGCCACCAGCUCCUGGGGUGGAGAUGCUCGUAUCACGGCUCUCAGCCGUGAUGGUUUCCUCUUGGCCCUCGGCCUCUGGACGAUGGAUGAUCGUCUCACGGUUCUUCGCCGUGGCAGUUCCCUCUGGACCCUCGACUUCUAGGUGUUCUUCCUAGGCCAUCGGUCUCUGGGGUGGAGAUGCUCGUCCCGCGGUUCUCAACCAUGGUGGUCCCCUCUUUAGCUGGCCCUGAACGUCUUCAAGACUCGGGCCAAGCGUCUUUUAAUCAUUUCACUCGAGCGCGUCGAGUGGCUUCAGCUGCGCAAUAAGCAUGAUAACGGGCCGCACGGCCCGACAAUAUGUAUACACACAACCAUCUGCACGGCUUUCCUUUUAACAUCCACGAUUACCGGCCUAUGGGUCAUCGUGACCCUCGGCCCGGCUCAUCGUGCGGGGUUAAUGGACGUAGCAGCUCGCGGCGAGGCCAAUUAGCAGCCCGCCGAACGUCACAUAGAAAUAUCCAUUGGUCUGUGAGUUUUCAAACUCAGACCCAAGUUGGUCGCAAUGCCCUCGAAAAAACGAGGUUGAGCGCUUCGGUGCCCUCGGGCCCCACAGGCCGCGUCUGGCAAUUGUCACUUCGAGCCUAAUGGCGUAGAUGAUACUGGGGUACGAUCGUCAAUCGGGCACGUAGUGCCAUGCGGACUAAUGCACAACCCUCAAAUUAAAAUGCGUCGUCGGGGCAUCGCCCUUCUGGAGACGCUCGAAUCGCUUAAUCAAGCCGAUCGAGGGUGGGCCAUCAGGCCCACAAGAAAUUAAAUAUUCAAUAAAAUGUUGGCUGAACCAACCAUCAUCAGAGCUUCGCUCCACAUUAUUUAAUUCGGGAUAUUUUAUCCCUAAUAAAUAAUAGCUAGUGAUAUAACAGGUAAUAGUAAUGAUACUAUCCUACCAAAGAUCAUUGAGAUACGCUCCGUUCGCUAAUUAAAGCCGAUCAGGAGCGGGCCGACGGGCCCACAACACCCAGUCGUCCAAUUUAAAUGACGGCGACUCAGUUAUCACUUAGAGCAUUGCUCUCACUAUUUAAUUUUGGGAUUUUCAAUCCCUAAUAGAUAAUGGUGAUACAAAUCAAUUGCAAUAUUAAUCAUGCUUCAUUAUUCGAAUACUUUAAUAAAGGGAGUAAGUGGCACUUAGCUUCCAAGUUAAAGACUCCGCCAGUAACGAGGCUAUGUAGAGCCAGAUUUGCUUCCCUUUUAUCAUGUUGUGCAGACCGAGCUGCUGGUCAACUCUUCCAAAGCAGCCAGCCUUCCGUUCUUGGUCCCAAAACUUGUGGACGUGGUCAGCUUCAGACCAAGGCAUUUACGCGGAGUGUACCUCUUAGGACAGACAGAUGGAGCAGCCUUCUACCAACCCAUAAGCAGGCUGCACGUGCCGGCCACCUUCCGCAGGUGGAGAUGGUGGUCGCGGCAGAGCAAGGCCGGCCAGAGGGCGUAGUUUCGUUGGGAGAUCUUUUGAGCUUCGGAUUUUACUUCCUUUGAGCCUAAAAAACACCAUUAAUGGCGGAAAUCAAACUCCCAGUCGGUAGGUCCUCAGGUCAAAGCGGUCGAACAGGAUGGCUGGUGGAGGCUCACCCCGCGACUGACCAGGCGGAGGGGUAGUCGGUGGUUGUCCUCCGGCGGCGAGCGGCAGUGCAGCGACUUUAGGCGGCAGAAGCAGCUGCGCGUGACGAGCAACUGUGUUGCAGGUGCUAUGAGAUUUGGGGUGCUUAAGCGAGCUUUUUCUGGUGCCGGCUAACACCACGGAGGCUCCCUGCCGGCGGGUACGGCGAUGGCUCCGGUGACUUCAAAACAGAUCUGGAAACAAAAAUCCAGAUUUGGCUCCCCAAUUUCUGUAGCUUCCUCGUUUCUUCUUCCCUCAGAGCCAUUUCUUUCCUUUUUUAUUUUCUGGAAUCCAGUUCAUCCGUAUGAUUGUUUUUUUUUUUUUGUAGAAACUCAAGAACAGUAGAACACAUGAAUCUUUUUGGACAGAUUCCCACAGACGGCGCCAGUGUUGAGUUUAAUCCAACACGAUAUAGUAAAUAUAUGUAUGAACACUCAGUUUUUACGUGGAAACCCGAAAGGGAGAAAACCACGGGACUUUUUAGGCUAAUGUCCAAGCCCUCUCAUUCUCAUUAGGACUCUCCUCGACAUUACAUAGUACAUUUUGAACUCCC